AACCGUAGAAGAAGAAUAGUUUUUACCCUUCCUGGGUUAGCUAGGUUAACUAAAGGUAAACAAACAUGCGAUAAUGACAUUGAAAUAUAAUAUUACCAUUUCAACUGGUUCACUAUACUUUCUGUACAGCAAGCGGUAGUUUUAUUGGCGUGUGAAACUCUUAUAAAUCCUCGGACUUAACAGGGAGCAAAGGAUGUCUUUUCCAUGUGUGCGACUGUGCACUCGUCACAUGACCAAAGGCCUGCGAGUCUGUGGUUAUGCGACACUCAAUAAAGCAUCCAGACCCCAGGAGAAAAGCAGCAGCGGCCCAGUCUUUCAAUAUGUUGGCCAGCACAAAAAGCCCAACCACAAAGUGUUUGUAUGGGGCUUCAGCUUCACAGGUGCUCUGGGUAUCCCCAGCUUUGUGGUGCCGGACAGCGGCGCAAAGAAGCCCCGCAAAUACCAGCUGACUCCUUACCGACUGGACACUGCAGAGCAGAUCUCUUCUGCUGCUUGUGGUUACGGCUUCACCCUCAUCGCCUCUAAAACCAAAGAUGUGAUCAAGCUGUGGGGCAUGGGCUUGAACAAGGACUCUCAGCUGGGCUUCCAGCGCACACAACACAGCCGCCAUCAGAGCUAUGACUACGUGUUGGAGCCGUCCCCGGUGGCUCUGCCUCUCAUUGAGCCUCUGCAGACCAAAGUGGUUCAAGUUGCAUGUGGCCGUGCUCACUCUCUGAUCCUCACCGACCAGGAGGGAGUUUUCAGUAUGGGCAACAAUGCGUAUGGACAGUGUGCAAGGCGAAUAGUUGAAGAUGAAGUCUACGGUGGCAGUCACAUCAUUCACAAGAUAGACGGCUUCAGUGGGAGCAGGGUCACGCAGGUGGCAUGUGGGCAGGAUCACAGCCUUUUCCUCACUGAGACUGGAAAAGUGUUUGCAUGUGGAUGGGGUGCAGAUGGACAGACAGGUCUGGGACACCACAACGUCAGCUCCAAUCCAGUGGAGCUGGCAGGGGAUCUGGCCGGAGUGGAGGUGCAGCAGAUCAGCACGUAUGGAGACUGCAGCCUGGCCGUGUCCACAGAUGGACAGCUUUACGGAUGGGGCAACUCUGAAUACCUGCAGCUGGCCUCGGUCACUGAGACCACACAGAUCAACUCUCCUCGACGUCUUCCUCUGAAAGGCUGCGGAAAGGUGGUUCAGGCAGCAUGUGGAGGCACGCAGGUGGCCAUUCUCAACGAAAAAGGAGAGGUGUUUGUGUGGGGCUAUGGCAUUCUUGGAAAAGGCCCAAAUUUAUCCGAAUCCUCGAUCCCGGAGAAGAUUCCCUCCACGCUGUUUGGGCGCUCAGAAUUUAAUCCUUCAGUAGCCGUUAGCCGGAUCCGCUGUGGCCUCAACCAUUUUGCAGCAGUGACGGAACGAGGCGAGCUCUUCGUUUGGGGGAAGAAUGUGAGAGGUUGUUUGGGCAUCGGGAAGAGAGACGACCAGUUCUUCCCGUGGAGAGUGACUGUUCCUGGUCAAGUGGUGGACGUGGCGUGUGGUGUCGACCACAUGGUGGCGCUGGUGAAGUCCGUCCUGUGAGCUCCUGCAGCAGUGGAUGAAGGGCUGGAUGUUUGGCUGAGCCUCCUGCUGACCCCCUCCCCGCGCUUCAGGGAGCCGAUCGGGGGCCGUGCUGGAGUCUCGAAGCCAGCUGCUCUCCACAGGAGACGGACCCUCGUGUCCCUCCGCCCGGCAGUGACGUCAAGCCGACAGCGGAGCGGUCGAUACUGCAGCAAACUGUCACUGACACUGCUCACUUUACUCUGCAUGAAGGUCAUUCAAGAAAGACAAAGGAUAGUUUUCUUUUUUUACGAGACCUAAAAUGCAUUUCUGUAUAUAAUUGUGAACUGAUUAUCUUUGAGGUAAUCAAACAAAGCAGGUCCUCUAAAGGAAGCAAAGAAGAUAUUUAUUUCCAUUUUUUUUUCUCCAAUUUUAGCGACUAAACAAUGAAUUAAAAAAAAUAGCAGUUGAAGCUUCAAUUACAAUUUGGGUUUUAAUGUUUCUAUAUGAUCACACCCAAGUUACAAUUAUCAGAAUAAGCUUUCUAGAAGAAAACACGGGCAGCGUUUAGCUGGUUAAUAUCAUAUUUUUUAUGUUUUCACCUACACAAUCACUGUGUGACUGUGUGACUGUGAGAGAAAUGUGGUUUGUUGUUGAAGUGAUUCACAGUAGAAUCAACAGGCUUGUACAGUCUUUGGAUUAUCUCUCUGUGGCACUCUGCAGGCCGAUGAAAUGUUUGUGAAACAUUGUAAAAGCCACUGUAGAACUGAUUAUCUCGCUGCCAGCUGCAAAUAGAGCCGAUGGCAAUCUGCCAGGGAGAAAACACGUUUUGUCAAAUUAAUUUGACAACAUGAACUUGUGUCAUCGGCAGUGCGUGCAUGUUGUGCAUAUGGUGUUUUAUGCCGUGUGGCAUUCUCCCGGUCUGGAUGUUUUAGAGGAUGAACCCACUUUUCCCACAGUGUUAAUUUGAUGCUAAUAAAUACACAAUAUGCAAUGGAUAAAAUGACUGAAUUCACUUACAUGAAUAUAUGUUUUAGUCUCCACAUCAGUUGUGUUUUUAAUAAAAACUGACAUUAACUUACAGUGCAUGAAUUUCUUAUGAUUUGAUGGAAAGUACUGUCAUUCUGGCACUAAUUAUACGAAGAAACUGAGAUACAUGGUUCUCAUAGGACAGAUGCAACAAACAGAUGGUGCUCUCAGAAUAUGAUUCAUUACUGCAGAUUAAACUACCCAACAGUAUAUAAAGGAGUUAAAAUAAGCAUGACCUUAAACAUCUACAUCAGCAGAAUGCAACAUACACGUUAAUGCAGCAGCAACAUUAUCCAUAAACAUAAUUUUCAACAUUUUUGAUGAUCUUGAAAAGCAGAUUAGCUGAAGUGUCCUUUUUUGUUUGAUUAUUUUUUUGUUUCCCUCAUGCUAAAUGCCAUUGUUUUUUACAGUAACCUUUAAGAAAACAGUAUUAGGAAAUAUCUGAUUAUUUGUUUGGAUUGAACUUUAAAGCUCUCUGAAGCUGAUCUUCACUGUAACCUUGACUAUGGUUUACUGAUAUUAACCGCUGAAUGUAGCAUUUGAAGAACAGUUUGAUGGUUACAGUGAGUGUAGCUGAAGUCAGUGCAGUCA